ACCCUUUUCUUCCCAUCAUUUUCAAUUAUUUUCUCAUCAUUUGAAAAAUUUGGAGGAGAAACUAAAAAAAUAGAGGAAGGAGAAGAAAUUAAUUUAAGGAACAGUUGAAAAUGAAGGCAAAUUCUUUAAAUUCGUUCGGAUUUAGGGGAGGUUAGGUAGCCAUCUGCAUGGUGCAAUUUGGAUCCCCAUUUGCCCUAAUUUCAAGGGGGAAGUUUCUGUGAUUUGCAUAAAAAUGAAUUCCAUUCUAGAAAACGACGAGGAGGACAUCAGCCGUCGAGGUAAGACGGUGUUAGCGAGAAGAAGGAGCUCAACAAGAGAACAAAGGAGACGUUAUUUAGAGGAAAUAAUGUGCAUGAUGUCAAUCUUAAAAAAAGGUGCAUUGAAACGGCUGGAAAAUUUUCUGAAGCAAGCGGGUAAUAAAUCUUGUGCUGAUUGUGGAGCUCCAAAUCCUAAAUGGGUGUCAUCGAGUCUUGGAGUAUUCAUUUGUAUCAAGUGCUCAGGUGUUCAUAGAAGUCUUGGAGUUCAUAUAUCAAAGGUAUUAUCCGUGAAACUAGAUGAGUGGACAGAUGAACAGGUUGAUUCUGUGAUUAAUGCGGGAGGGAAUGAUGCCAUAAAUGCAAACUAUGAAGCUUUUAUUCCUGAAAAUGUAAACAAGCUAAAGCCAGACUCUCCAAUUGAGGAGCGCUCUGAUUUUAUCAGGAGAAAAUAUGAGCUGCAAGAAUUUCUAAACUCAGACUUGCAGAUUGCAAGUGUCAGCUCCACGCAGAAAAAUCUCUCCAGUUCCAGACAAUUUGGGAAACAACAUACUGGAAUCCGGCAAGCACUCCGGAAUAGUUGGAGAAGAAAUGACUCCGAGCAGAGGAGUAUAAAGAAAACAAUGGGCAUGGUUGAGUUUAUUGGAUUGAUCAAAGUCAACACUAUAAAGGGUAGAAACCUAGUUGUCCGGGAUCUUGUGAGUAGUGAUCCUUAUGUCAUCAUAACAUUAGGACACCAGUCAGUGAGAACAGAGGUGAUAAAAAGCAGUUUAAAUCCUGUGUGGAAUGAAAUGCUAAUGUUGUCGAUCCCAGAACCCGUCCCGCCUUUAAAGCUUCAAGUGUAUGAUAAGGACACAUUUACAUUCGAUGAUCGGAUGGGAGAGGCAGAGAUAGAUAUCCAGCCAUUAGUCGCAGCAGCGAAAGCUUUUGAAACCUCCACAAUUGGUGAGUCUACACACCUUGGAAAAUGUGUAGCCUCCGAUGACAACUCAUUAAUCAAGGACAGUAUAAUCUCCCUAGUUGAUGGCAAGGUUAAGCAAAAUAUCACCCUUAAACUUAGAAAUGUUGACAAAGGUGAGUUAGAAAUUGAGCUAGAAUGUCUUCCCCUGAGUCAAUAGUUAGUGAUAUAUGAGUCCUGUAACACAAUUGUGGAUUCAGAUCAGUAUGUAUAUUCAUGUGUCAUGUGGAUUGCUAGCUUUAGCCCCAUUUCUUUCUUAUUGUUGUAUCGUACGAGAUUUAUGCAGAUAUUAGUUACUGGUAGAAAUAUGAUACUUGCAUAGUUAGUCAUCUGCAUCCCACUUUCAGAGAAAUGAGGAUGUUUGGCGUUAGUGAUU